UUAUUGAAAAAUGACCAUUGUGAUAGUAAUGAUGAUGAUGGAAAUAUUGCCUAUUAUAAUCAAUUAACUUUGAUGAGUUUACAGCCUUCUGUUGUCGCUGUUGAUGGCAAUGUUGCUAGUGAGAAUAUUUUAUUUUCAACACUGCAAGAGAAUCAGGAAAUUGUAAAUGUAGAAUGUCAACAACAAUCAAAACAACAUUGUCGACAGAAUAUAAAAUCACCAUCGCCGAUAUCAUUGUCACCACAACAACAACAACAACAACAACAACAACAUUCAUCAUCAUCAUCAUCAUUAUUAUCAACAUCAAAAUCAUUUUGUUUGAUGCCUGAAAAUCAUUUUUUCGAUGUCAAUGUCAAAGUGGAAUAUAUAGAUUUUCCAUCAAAAAAUUCAAUACAAAAAAAUUGUUUUGUGACAAAAUCAAAUGUUGAAAAUGGAAAAAAUGUUCAAAUGACAAAUAAUUUUCUGGACACAGAUGUACAACAACGACAACAACAACAAAAAAUGGAUAAACAACGUUCCAAUUCCGUGAAUGAUGUUUGUGGUAUUUGCAUAAAACAACAACAACAACAAUCAACAGAUGAAACAACGAUGGCCAUUCCAGUGUCCAAUAAAUCAUCAACAAAAUCAUUGAAUUUGGUGAAAACAACAAAAAAUGACCAUCGAAAGAGAAAAACAAUCAUCAACAAUGAUCAUCAUCAACCACAACGAAAACUUUCCAAAUCCGUAACCAAUUCAACUACAACCACGACGACAACGACAACAACAACAGGCAAAACAAUAAAAACAACAACAACAACAGAAAUAAUCGUGAAAUGUUUAAAGAUUGUGUAUCGAUUAAAUCAUCGGAAACAGUUUCCGCAGCGGUAGCCACAACAACAACAACAACGACAACAAUACCAUCAGUAAGCCUUAAGCCAAAAUCAAUGGAAAAUGUAGCCAAAUCAUUUAUUGUAUCAACCGCAACAUUAAAUACAACAACAAUGUCAAUGGCUACAAUCAAUUCAUCGUCGACAAUGCCAACAAUAAAAACAAAAACAGA